AUGGGUUCAGCUGAGCAGGCUGGGCUACAGGCCCCUGAAGAGGUUGCCUACGCCUCUGUAGUGAAUUCUUGGACCCCAGAGGAGCGUACUGAGAGGGAACGCAAGUUUGUGCGCAAGAUCGAUGUCCGGUUGCUUCCUAUCCUGAUGGUGAUGUAUGUCAUGAACUAUAUCGACCGCAAUGCGCUUCCGCAGGCUCGUGUACAGGGGCUGGAGAAGGACCUCAACCUGGCGGGCUAUGAAUACAACAUCGUUCUCAGUCUUACGUUCAUCGGUUACAUUCUGAUGCAAGUGCCCAGUAAUUUGCUGCUGUCUUUGACUCGCCCGAGCAUAUAUCUCUCCUGCUGCAUGGUAGCCUGGGGCAUCGCUAGUGGAGCUACCGGGGCGGUGCAUAACUUUUCUGGUCUUGCGGCCUGUCGAUUCAUCCUCGGUGUCACAGAGGCCCCUUUUUUCGCCGGCUGCGCAUUCCUCUUCAGUGGAUGGUACACGCGCAAGGAGCUCGGUCUACGUCUGGCUAUAUUCUACUGCGCCGCCAUGCUCGCCGGCGCUUUCGGCGGUCUCUUUGCAGCUGGAAUUGAGGCCGCUUUCAAGAACCACUCACUCCCCUCAUGGCGAUGGCUCUUUAUAAUUGAAGGAGCCGCCACUGUUCUCUUCGCCGUCCUUACCGGCUUCAUCAUCCCAGAUUGGCCCGCCACGACGAAGUGGCUUUCUCCCGAAGAGCGCGCCAUCGGCAUCAUCCGCCUCAUUGAAGACGCCGGCGACGAAGAAGAGUCCACGCCCACUUGGGAUGCAUGCAAACUCGCGGUGAAAAAUCCCCACAUCUGGCUCUGCAUCCUCGGUCAAGUCUGUCUGCAGGCCGUCGCCUCCCUCACCAACUUCCUCCCAACCCUCGUGCAGACCUUUGGCUUCGGGACCAUUGAAACCCUCCUUCUCACCGCACCACCCUACGUCCUGACCGCCGCCGUCUGCCUGCUCAACUCCUGGCUCUCGGACCGCACCUCCGCCCGCUCCCCCUCGAUACUCAUCCCCUCCGCAGUAGCCUGCACAGGAAUAAUCAUCACCGUCGCAACGACAAACACUGCAGCACGGUACCUCGCCAUCUUCCUCAUGCUCCCCGGGACAUAUGGGUGCAUGAUGAUCUCGAAUGCAUGGAUGGCGAACAUCGCGGCGCGACCGCAAAAGAUGCGCGCGAUCGGGCUUGCGAUGAACAACUCGAUUGGAAACUCGGCACUCGUCUGGACGCCGUAUCUCUAUCCCGAGAGCCAGGGGCCGAGGUAUGUUACGGCGUGGGCGGUGAAUCUGUCGCUUAUGGUUGUUUGUAUAGCUUCGACUAUUCUAUUGAGGGUUCUACUGGCGAAGGAGAAUCGGGCGAUGAUGGCUGUAGAGAAUGAAGAGGUUCAUGGCGACUCGGUUGAUGAUGGCGAUGAGGAUGCAAAGGGUAUGGAUCGGGUGUAUAGCGUUGCGAGGGCGAGAGAUGGUGGGUUAAUGGCGCGGUACCAGAUCUGAGGCGGAGGGAACAGUACCCCAAUAAAGAACCAGACGAUCAUGUAUCUGUCUUUUUACUGGAUCACUGAAUGAGCAAGGUGCGAGCAAGUGAGUCCUCUGUCAAUGCGGGAAAGACCGACUGGUCCACCGCUCUUCCCUUGUAUACCACCUGCCCCGGUGGCAGACCAUGGAGGCAGAGAAGGUGCGACCCUGGUCUAGGUCGAGGAUGCCCCUUCCUAAAAUAGAUUCCAAGCCUCUGCGUGUCGGUUGCGCAGUGCGGAUAGUGAGAUGCCAUUUUGCUCAUGGAGCCAAUUUAGUUAUGC